AUGUUCAGUUUAAUUGCAAACUGCUGCACCUGGGCUCGGAAAGUUCAGGAGCCAAUAAGGAAUGUCACUCUGCUGAUCCUCGGACUGAGUAGUGCAGGGAAAACUUCAAUACUCAAAGGAAUACAGAAAGAAUCUCCUUACCUCAUUCGUCCAAAUGGCACAUUUUCCAGGACUGAUCUCAUGGUAGAUCGAUUUAAUGUGACAAUAUUUGACCUUAGUGGUGGAGAGAAAACCCGCUGUACUUGGAAGAAUUAUUACUCUGCAGUUCAUGGCCUUAUUUUCAUCAUUGACUCUACGGAUGUGAAACGAAUGGAGGAAGCUGGAAAGGUUCUAUCAGAAGUAAUGAAGCAUGAAAAGAUGUCAGGGAAGCCUGUCCUCAUACUUGCAAACAAACAGGAUAAAGCUGAGGCCCUACCAGAGCUUGACAUUAUUGAACAGAUGUCCCUGGGGAAACUGGCUAAUGAAAAUAAAUCCAUCUGUCAUAUUGAACCAUGUUCAGCCACCCUGGACUAUGCUGAGAAAAAACUGGACAAGACCAUAUUGAAAGGGCUUCGCUGGCUUCUUCGUGCUAUUGCCAAAGACUACACCAGUUUGUGUACACGGGUGCUCCAUGAUACCGUGCUGCCUAAGAGCAAAGUUAAAGAAAGACCAGAGGGAGCACAGCCAAUAUGCAGGAUACAAGGAGAAAGAAAAAGACACACUAAAGUUGGUUUGGAGAAGCAAAAGAGUAGACAUCUGAAAGACCCUGAAGCCAUAACUCACAUGAAGAUCAACUCAUUUAAGCAUUUAAAUAACGUCAUCAGUGCUGAGAAUGAAGAAAAAAUCAAAAAUGCUUUUGUGACCAAGAAAAGAAAGAAGAAAAUCAAGUUUUCUGGCAGCAAUCUGAGUAUGACUCGAACAAAGAGGCUAUUGGAUCGAAGCACUUCUUCCUCAGACACAACUAACAAUACUCUUGGAUCCUGCAAAGAGAGGAGUGAGGGAGAUGAUGGAGGUGCCCAUCAGUUGGAUAAUUCUUAUCAAGCAGAAAAGAACACACUGAUGCCAAGCUCUGUGAACACAGAAGCUGUUACUGAUUCGGAAAAGAAAAAUAAGGGGAAGAAAUUAAAGAAGAAAUGCAAAAACAAGAUCAAUUCAGCUGACACUGAAGACGACUUUUCCAGAAAUGUGGAUUUAACGGCACCUCUGGAUCUCUACAGAAAAGCACUCCUUGCAUUAAAGACCAGACCUCGAGCUAACAACUAA